AAUCAGCUGGUUCAUCUGAAGAGGCACAUGGUCACUCACACUGGAGAGAAGCCCUAUAAAUGUGGGGAAUGCAGCAAGCGGUUUGGUGAUCGUAGUGAUUUGAGGAAACACAUGCGAAUCCACGCAGGGGUGAAACCUCAUAGAUGUGAGGAGUGCGGCAAGCAGUUUAGUUUCCCGGGUGAUCUGAAGAAACACAUGCGCACCCACACCGGUGAGAAGCCUUACAGAUGUGAGGAGUGCAACAAACAAUUCGGUGAUCUGCGUAAUCUGAAGAAACAUAUGCGUACCCACACUGGGGAGAAACCGUACAGAUGUGAGGAGUGCAGCAAGCAGUUCAGUCAGCUGGGUCAUCUUAAAAAACACAUGCGCUGCCACACCGGGGAGAAACCCUAUAGAUGUGAGGAGUGCAGCAAACAGUUCACUACAUUGAGUAGUUUGAAGAGACACAUCCGGACUCAUACUGGAGAAACUCCCUACAUUUGUACAGAUUGCAACAAGCAGUUCAGCAGACAAGAUCUUCUAAAGAGUCACAUGAUGACACAUACAGAACAAGAAGCAUAAGAAGUGUGAAGAGUUUGGCAACCUGUUCAAGAGCCACGUGAAAACUCACCUGUCAUAGCUUGGCCAACAGAGAAUGAGAAAAAAAUCUAGACCCACCUGCUAACUGAUUAGUCAGAUUUGAAUUUAAAACACAUUCUGGUCUUCAAUAAGUAAAUAGUUUCAUUUGAAUGAUACACUGACUACAUUAACGUCAACCUUUUAGGGUUGAUUUUAA